AUGAGACUGCGCACUGCCGCCAUGCGGUGGCUGCUGUCGGUCAUUGUGUUCUCAACAUGGCAGUGUACCGUUGCCAACACAGCUGGCGACGGCGAUGUUGCUUUAGACACAGAGCCUUCUAACGAUUCCCUCAAGCUUCUCUAUUUGCCAAAUCUUGGUUACAGGAUACAACUGAACGUGGGAGCUCAGGCACUGUCGCUCAAGCUAACGUCAAUCCUUGAGGGCAUAGUGCUGUUCGAGAAGGGAACCGACGCAUGCGCGCUAAACGCAUCGGAUUCGCAGUGUUACGAUCCAAAAUCAUCGAAAACGGCUACUUGGUGCAACAAUGAUGAAGUUUGCGUUCCCGGGAAGAAUGACUUCCAGUGCCAAGAGGUAAAAUCGCACGAGUAUAUAGCUACAUCAACGACUACUGACUUCCGUGCCGAGGGUAUCAGCCACUCCAUGCAGACGAUUGAGGGAUUUGAGAAGGUGUCCAUCAGCAACUCUGAGCUUCCGGAGCCUGUCACGUUCUACCGGGUACCUGUGAAGUUGGCCAAGAAGGUCAUCUCUGGAUCCAAUUUGCCACUGACGGCUGAUGCCGGUGGAUUUUUCGGCAUCGCGGGCGCCUCCAUCAGCUGUCGGCAAAGGUCCAUAUGGGACGAGCUUCUGGUGAAGCACAAGGGACUCUACGUGCUCGACUUGAAUGGAGACCAUGACGGCCAUAAUAGCGGCGUGUCGGCAGAGAGCCGUAUAAGGCUGGGCACGGGAUCCGUAAAUGAGGACGAGGUUCUCUGGGGAGAGAAGCGGCAGGUGGGUGGCAUCUUCACCGAUGCAUCCAUCGAAUUCACGGCGUACGAAAUGUCGAUGUGCGGCGUAAACCUCUUCGGUAAAACGUCAGGCCACUGGCAAGUCGCUAUUGACGUGGCUUCGCAGUGCCUGGUGCUCCCCCGAAACUUCUGGCUCAGUCUCAUGGCUCAGCUGCCGAUGGAGGACGGCUGCUACGACAAGAAGGCGUUAAAAAUGUGCGCAUUACGUCGAGGAGAAGCCACUAAACUUCCAGCAAUUGAAUUCAAGCUACACUACCAGUCCAACGACCAGGUCAUCCGAAUACCACUACAGAAUCUCCUAAUGGACAAUGGAAGUUCACCGUUACUGUGCGUCGUACCCGACGAGGACACACCUUCGCCCCUAAUUUUCACCAACCACCCCAGCAUCAAGUUCGGGUACAAGGUGAUGGAAUCGCUGCAGGCGGUUGUCGACACGAAAGGCCACCGUGUGGGCUUCGUGCACAAGAGGCCUGUAGAAACGUCAAACGACAUUUGCGUUCCGCCAGUGAAGUGCAUGUAA